GUCAUUCCACAGAUUUUGAAGUGCACAGGAACUGGCUUGCCAUUACUCACAGCCUACCAGCCUCUCGGUGGUACUAUGAGAUAGUUUAACCGGCAAGUUUUGCUUUUAAGAUCUGCUUGUCCCUGGAAGCUGAACAAACCUCCCAAGCAGGCAAUUGCAGCCUCUUUUGCCUGUCCUGUCAGCCUUCCUAGAUUAAAAGUGAAGGUCUCUCUCUGGAUUAGCCCAGCGAACUGAUCCAGAUCGUUCCCCUUUACACAAACAAGAAUAGCAACAACCGACCGGUUUGCAAUAAUUUGGGCAACUUCUGAAUGGACCUUGGAUUACCCUCCCUUUUUUGCCUGGUUCGAGUGUAUGCUCUCCUAUGCUGCGGUGUACUUUGACAAAGAGAUGUUGUCCGUACAGAACCUCAACUAUGCCAGCCAAAUGACCAUCCUUUUCCAGAGGCUGUCAGUGAUCGCUACGGAUACGCUCUACAUCUAUGCUGUGUACCAAUGCUGCAGUUGUGUCAACGGGAAGCGAGGCGGAAAAGACCUAUUGGAGAGCCCCCCGUUUGUUCUUUCAGUCCUCCUCUUGUGGAAUUUUGGCCUCUUAAUUGUGGAUCAUAUUCACUUCCAAUACAAUGGUUUCCUGUUUGGGUUGCUGCUGCUUUCCAUUGCACGAUUAUUCCAGAAAAGAUACUUGGAGGGAGCCUUUCUCUUUGCUAUCCUCCUACAUUUCAAGCACAUCUACCUCUACGUAGCUCCAGCCUACGGCAUCUAUCUACUCCGAUCUUACUGCUUUUCCCAAAAUAAUCCAGAUGGAUCUCUUCGGUGGCGCAGUUUCAGUUUUCUGCGUGUAAUCGUGCUCGGAUUAAUGGUCUGCCUCGUUUCUGCCGUUUCCCUGGGACCCUUUCUGGUCUGGGGUCAACUCCCUCAACUUUUCUCUCGCCUCUUCCCUUUCAAACGCGGCCUCUGCCACGCCUACUGGGCCCCAAACGUUUGGGCGGUGUAUAACUCCCUUGACAAAAUGUUGUCGGUGCUUGGGCUGAGGUAUCAAUUGCUUGACCCUGCAAAAAUACCCAAGGCAGCCAUGACAGGAGGGCUGGUUCAGGAAUUUCAGCACAGCGUCCUUCCUUCUGUGACCCCACUGGCAACCUUAUGCUGCACCGCCGUCUCAAUGCUGCCUUCUGUUUUCUGUCUUUGGUUUAAACCCCAAGGGCCCAGAGGAUUCCUCAGGUGCUUGGUUCUCUGUGCGCUAAGCUCCUUCCUGUUCGGUUGGCACGUCCACGAGAAAGCCAUUCUCCUCGCCAUUCUCCCUCUGAGCUUGCUGUCUGUGGAGAGGUCAAGAGAUGCUGGCAGUUACCUAAUUCUGUCCACUACGGGGCAUUUUUCCCUCUUCCCACUGCUGUUUACCACACCAGAGCUGCCCAUUAAAAUACUGCUGAUGCUCCUCUUUUCAGUCUACAGCUUCUCCUCCCUGAAGGCCCUGUUCAGGUAAGAAAAAUAAUUUUACAAAUAA